GCCACCGUCUCCGAGCGCGCGCACGGCGAGCGCGAGUACUGGGCCCACAGGUGCCUCAGCGAGGUGAUGAGCGGCGAUGCCUCGCUGCACCAGAGGGUGGAGCAGCUCCGGGACGAGCUGGAGGCCCAGCUGCGCCGGGCUUCUUCGAGGAUGGACGCCGCGGAGGCCCAGGCGGAGGAGCUGCGUGCCGAGGUGGCGGCGCUGGCCCGGGGCGGCGGCUCCGCCCCUCGCGGGGGCGCGCCGGCGCCCGAGGCGGCCCCGGGGGUGGCGCUGCAGCUGCUGAGGGACGAGCUCGGCGGGGUGCAGGCCGCCCAGGUCCGGAUGCUGCGGGAGGUGGCGGCGGUGGUCGAAGGCGCGGAGCAGCGCUGGGGCCCGGUGCGGCAGGAGCUGUCGGAGCUCUCCGCGCGCCACGGCGCCACCAGCGUGGAGCUGGCGGCACGCCUGCAGGACGUCGAGCACCGCCUCUCGCGGCUCGAGGGCGGCGGCGCGGCCAGUGCCGACGGGCCGCAGGGCGGCGACCGCCUAGAGGCGCUGGUCGCACAGCUGCGCGCGCGCGUGCAGGCCCUGGAGGACGCCCCGCCCGCCGCCGCCAGCCUGCUGGCCGAGGGCAGCCUGGGCGGCCAGCUGGGGAGGCAGCUGUACGCUGCGCUGCCCAGCGCGAGGGACGCCAGCUCGGCAGAGGGCCUCGGCAUCGAGCUCGCCCGCUGCAUCGGCGCGCUCGACACGGAGCUCCGGGUGGACAUGGUGGGGCGCAUCGACAGGCUCUUCCGCCACAUGCGGGCGGAGGUCGACGCCGAUGUGGCCGCUCGGGCCACGUCCACCGAGGCGGCGGUGAGGUCCGUCGAGGCGCGGCUGGAGGCAAAGCUGACACACGUGGCCGAGGAGCUCGGCGCGCGCGCGGCGCGGGCGGAUGCGCAGCUGGGCUCCCUGCAGGGCUCCGUCCGUGCCGAGGUGGAUGCCGAGGUGGCCGCGUCCACCCAGGCGGCGGUGAGGUCCGUGGAGGCGCGGCUGGAGGCGAAGCUGUCGCACGUGGCCGAGCUGGAGGCGAAGCACUCGCAGGCCGCCGAGGAGCUCGGUGCGCGCGCGGCGCAGGUGGAGGGGCAGCUGUCGCACGCCGCCGAGGAGCUGCGGGCGCGCGCCUCGCGCGUGGAGGCGCAGGUGGGGUCUCUGCAGAGCUCUCUCGAGGCCGUCGGUCGGGGGGCGAGGGCCGCCGAUCCGCGGGUCGACACCCUGGAGAAGGACGUCCGCCGCCUGGAGGGCGUGUGCUCGCAGGUGGGCGCGAUGGGCGGGCGCGUGAAGGCUCUCGAGGACGCCAAGGCGGACCGGCAGACUACGAAGUCCAUGGUGGCAGACUGCCUGCGGGAGAUCACCGCCGCCAGCCCGGAGGAGCGCGGAACGCCGGAGGUGUCACCGCCUUGCUUCGGGUGCUCCCAGGAGUGUCCCUGA